GAAACAACAAGCAAGUUGGGCAAGGCAGCGGAUUAGAUGAAGGACCAAGCACGUGGACAAAAAGAUGGACAUAGCACAGCCACGCUACAUCCAGCUCUUUUACCUUCGACCACUCACCCGCUAUGGGACUGUUGCGCCUCUCCGUAACGGUGUUCCCCAGCUGCACGUCUCCCAACGACGCUUCACACCGCUCUUCAAUGACGUCCUCUUCUUCACCCCCUGACCAUCCAACGCGUCCGUACCAGGAAUCGCCCCAUUCAUCACCAUCGCUCGCGUCGUCCCCGCUGUCCUCCUCCUCGUCCUCCUCCGAUUCCUCUUCGUCGCGAAAAAGAAAGAGCCUAGAAGCCGCCAGUGACAUUCCUCGUGACCAAAAGCGCGCCAGGUCUGUGAAACCCAAGCACAAGCCUCGCAAGCGCGCCUCGCCUGACUCAGAUGACGACUGGGGGUCAAACAGCGGUGACGCCCUCUCCCUGCCGCCCAUUUAUCGGUCUCGCUCGACGUCUUCUGUGCAGUGUACAGCCGAAAAGACGCGCAACUGCACCAUUAAGGCUGAUGGAGACCCGGCGAAGACAUCCCACGUAUCGUCCUUGAAUGCCGUGAAGGAUCUUAUGCGGACAUAUAAAGCUUAUUUUUCAAAUCCCCAAGACCCGGAGGACUACUCUUGGAAGCCACAUCCUAUUCACCCACCCACUGGCGAACUUGAAUACCCAAACAACGACGCCUGUGAAGAAUUUAUUCUCCUUGAGCCCAAAGACAAGGACCAUUACAAUCCAAUCAUGGAUCUCGAGAGGUCGUUAUACACCAUUGUUGACUGCUACAUGUCACCAGCACAGCAGGCCAUAUUUGGCACUCUGCCUUCCGAUUAUUAUUCUGAUACCCACUCUAAACGACCGCCGCCUCCGCCGACGCCAUACCCUGAAGGCCCGUACGGGAAUCUUCUCCGAUUUCUACAACGUGCGAUGCACAUACGAGACGGACCUCUCUUCUCUACCACUCUCCAUAAAAUCAACUGUCUAAUCCGUGAGCUCAAAUACCCAAGUCUGUUGCGCCCUAAUCUACUGGGUGAUGUUUUCCUCCCUACGCCUUCCAACGAGCUCAAAACCGCCGUUUCCUCAUGGUCCAACGUCCCGAAAAAUGUCUUGCUUCGUGUAGUCGAAGAAAAUUAUCAGCGUAGCGUUGGUCCACAUGUGCAAAGCCUCAAACAAUACGAGGCUUUCUCAAGCACCGUCUAUGGCGAAUUGAUGCCCGGUCUCGUGUACGACAUCCUUGCAAAUACAAAUCUGGACCAAAACUCGCUCUUCAUUGAUCUUGGAAGUGGAGUGGGGAACAUUCUUGUCCAGGCCAGCCUUCAGACAGGGUGCCGGAGUUAUGGGAUAGAGCUUAUGCCCGCACCCGCAGGCGUCGCAAGGAACAUGGUCCAGCAUUUCGCGACCCGAUGUCGAAUGUGGGGCGUGUCGUUAGGUGACAUAGAGGUGGAAGAGGGUGACAUGCUUGAGAGUCCGCGGGUAGAUGAGUUGUUGAAGGAAGCUGAUGUUGUGCUGGUCGACAACAAGGUCUUUGACGAACGGCUAAACGAGGCCAUCCGGGCCAAGUUCCUUGAUUUGAAGGAAGGUGCCAUUGUCGUCAGCUUGAAGCCGUUCGUGAAUGCUGUUAAUGCAAGGGUUACCGAGAGGAAUGUGGAUGACAUGAGCGCCAUCUUUGAUGUGCAGGAGAAGCUGUAUCGGAGUGGUGACGUGAGUUGGGGGCCUGGGGGAGGGAGUUAUUACGUUCAUCGUGUCGACCGGACGGGAUACGCAGAUGUGCGUUCACGUUUCGAGAGCUCGAGGAUUUCUGUGGGGAGACGAUCAAGGACUUCACGGUGAUGAUACAGUGUUAUUCAUCAUCUAUUUUUAUGUUUGUAUUUCCAGUGUUGUUUUACAUACUACGCCUAUUUCUAAUAUCGUCUAGUGACGUAGAGAUUAGCUGUUUUUUUCUUCCACUAAGAACCAUUCUCGACUUAUAUUAUUUAUAUUAACUGUCAUUGGUAACUAUCGAAAGUUCUGGCUGGUUGGAAACGAAACGAUCACAAGUAAAU